UUCUUCGCUGCGAAGAAAAUGGCGGCGGCGGCGCCGAGCGGCGACGAGGGGCGGCUGGAGGAGAAGUCCGAGGAGAACCUGCAGCGGCCGCCCAAGGCCAAGAAGCCCAAGAAGGAGCGCAAGGAGCCGGAUCAGCCCGCGGCUGAGCCCGCCGAGGCCGGCAAGGCCGAGAGCUCGGAGGGGGCCGGGGCGGCGCCGGCGGCCCCGGAGGCGUCGGCGUCGCCGAAGCAGCGGCGCUCCAUCAUCCGCGACCGCGGGCCCAUGUACGACGAGCCCACGCUGCCCGAGGGCUGGACACGCAAACUCAAGCAGCGCAAGUCCGGCCGCUCGGCCGGCAAGUACGACGUCUACCUGAUCAACCCGCAGGGAAAAGCCUUCCGCUCCAAGGUGGAGCUGAUCGCCUACUUCGAGAAGGUGGGGGACACCUCGCUGGAUCCCAACGACUUCGACUUCACCGUCACCGGCCGGGGCAGCCCCUCGCGCCGCGAGCAGCGCCCGCCCAAGAAGCCCAAAUCGCCCAAAGGCCCCGGCACCGCCGCCCGGGCGCGGCCCAAGGGCAGCGGCGGUGGGCGGCAGCGCCCGCCCAAGCGGCCUCCGCCGUGUCGGGGGGGCUCUGCGGCCAAACGGGCUCUGGAGAAGCCCCCAGCAAGCUGCUGGUCAAGAUGCCGUUCUCCCGGCCAGCCGGGCCCCGCCCGCCCCGCCGCCUUCCCGGGCGCCGGGCCGUAA